UUCAGGAGACAUGGAGACGCCCUCUUCCCACUGCCUAGAGGAGUCUCAGCUCCAUGUCUUUCCAAACCUCAAAUCUUGCGGGUCAAAUACGGGUGGAGCUGAAGGCCACGGAGGACCCACUCUACCUGAGAAGCCGUCACCGUCAUCGCACACACCCUGCGACCUGCCUAACGGUUGGGCUCCCACGUCGACAGGUCUGACCCCCGCAAAGAAACCUGUGAGUUGGAGGGGACCUUCUGUGGUUGGGGCUGGCCUGCAGAACCUGGGCAACACGUGCUAUGCGAACGCGGCCCUGCAGUGUCUGACGUACACACCACCCCUCGCCCGCUACAUGCUGUCCCAGGAGCACUCCCGAAGCUGUGGGAGGCAGCCAUUCUGCGUGCUGUGUGCUCUGCAGGCUCACGUGACCCGGGCCCUCUGCCGUCCGGGAGACGUGAUCCGGCCUCCGCCAAAACUGCUCGCUGCCUUCCACACACACAGGCAGGAGGAUGCCCAUGAGUUUCUGAUGUUCACUCUGGAUGCUAUGCAGCAAGCGUGUUUGCGUGAGGACAAGCCUUCAGAGUCUCAGGCUCAGGACGCCACCCUCAUCCGGCAAAUCUUUGGGGGGUACUGGAGGUCUCAAAUCCAGUGUCUCCACUGCCAGGGUGUCUCCAGCACUUUGGACCCUUACCUGGACAUUAGCCUGGAUAUCGGGGCAGCUCAGAGUGUGAGCCAAGCUUUGCAACACUUGGUGAAGCCCGAACAGUUGGAUGGUGAAAAUGCCUAUCGUUGUAGUACUUGUCUCGACAAGGUACCUGCUUCCAAGACGUUGACUUUGCACACUUGCUCCAAGGUCCUGAUGCUGGUAUUGAAACGAUUCUGCCAUUUCACGGGCAGCAAACUGGCUAAGGAAGUGCAAUAUCCUGAGCGCCUUGACAUGCAACGCUACGUGUCUGGGCAGAACGGGGGGUCGCUGACUUACGUGCUCUAUGCCGUGCUGGUGCACGCGGGCUGGAAUUGUCACAGCGGACAUUACUUCUGUUACAUCAAAGCUGGGAACGGCCAGUGGUACAAAAUGGAUGAUGCGAAGGUGACCGCCAGUGAUGCGACGUCUGCCCUGAGCCAACACGCCUAUGUCCUCUUUUACAUCCAGAAGAGUGAAUUGGAAAGAGACCGUGCGAGUGAGCCAGGUGCUGGGGAAUCCACAUCCCUCCAGGCUGACCACGCAGGCACGGCUGCGGCCCAAGGGGGGCCUGAAACCGACCCCAACAUCGAGGUGCCACAAUUGGAGGAUCACGCGGAAGAGACACCACUGCCAACAAUCACGUUAGACCAGUGGAGAUUCCUCCAAGAAAGCCACCGUCCCAAGUCUGAAUUCAACCUCAGGAAACUAGAAUUUGCUCUUCCCCCCGACGCAGUCCUCAUUCACCAGUCCAAAUACAGAGAUGAGAUGGGAAAGGAUCACCGUGAACCAAACAUCUACCGGCUCAACAGUUCAGCCAGGGACAUCCCACCUCAGAGGGCAACGGCCAUUACCCAAGUCCCUUGUCUCACCGGCAGAGCCAGAGCUACCAAGAGGAAGAACAAGAAGGGACAGAGGUCUCAGGAAGCAGUGCAGGGAUCCCACUACAGGCUUUGAGAUACAUGCCUGCCCACGUGCACACUCACCCGCCCUCACUCACUACUCACUCACUCACUCACUCACAGUCCCUUGUGGGCCAUAUUUUGUGUGUUGUGGGUGGGUGUGAUCUGGACAUGUGGAGGGACCAUUCAUCUUGCUGUAUUCACAGGAUAUGGCAUUCAACUUGGCCUGGAGAUUCUUGAGCUUUAAGGCUGGCUUUCUAUAAUGAUAUUAUUGGAGAGAUUUGGAGGAUUAUGCUGGGUAUUUGGAGGAUUUCUCCCCUCCAUGACACAGAGGAGAAUUGGGGGCCAAUCAGAGCUGAAAGGGAUGUAGGGAGUGGCCAGUCAGGCCUGAAGAGUAGAAAAAAGGCUAAGCACCUGAAGUUUGUGAGAAAAUGCCUGACAUUCAAGUUCCCAUCAAUGAAUUCCUUACUCUGUGUUUUUUUUUUUUAAAGCACAUUUGUUCCUAUGAGUUCCUAUUAGUUCCUAGUGUGUAAUAUCUAGUAUCUAGUACCUAGUGUCUAAUACCUAGUGGUGACUUCAUAGGGUCUAGAAUUGAGGAGCAACAAGGUGAUAGGAUAGAUGGGAUUAAAGUGCCUACGAGGUCACUUGACCUUGGCCAAGUAUAACAGUCUGGGAAGGAAGGAAGUGUCACUCACUGACCGGUCCUCGGGCACGCCGGAUGCUGAGUCUCCUCCACUGGAGUCCACCUGCCACCCGCCAUUGGAUGUCUCCUGACACACAGGAGGAGCAUAUUUGCAUUUCAGGUGGGUUGGGAUGAUUUGGGCCUCACACAACCUGUCAGAGAAAUAGGACAGGGAGGAAAUGGAGGUUGUGAUGUGCCUCUACUCACCAAGUGAAGGACUCUUUAGUGUUGAAGAGUAUUCUGAGGGCAGAGACUGAGGAAAGGGAUGGCUCUCAAUGUUCCUGAGGACAUGAGGUUCAGGUUCCAAAGGAACUGAACCCCAGAGUCUGAUUGGUGUGGGGGCAUGCGGGAGCAGUGACAGCAUCCUGCUCCAUUUCACCAGGCUUUCGGGUGACACUUUCGGGUCUGAAAGCCUAAAAAUUUCUCUCCGAGUUCACCGGAGUUUUGAUAUUCAUUUCCCAUGGUUUAUAAGGAAAUUCAGAGUGGGGACCUGGAAAGAAACCAUAAAUAAAAGAGUUCAGAUAUUCACUUUGGAAGAUUCCAAUCUAGCAGAAGGGAUACUAGGUUUUUGGAAUUGAUUUUGUAUUUGAAAAUGGCUUCCUUUUAUGUCAAAUGGGCAGUUCCGUUUUUUGAGAGUCAAGCAUACUUGUGUAUGUUGGGGCAGUAUUUCUCGUGUAAGUCAGGGCAGUAUUUCCUGUGGUUUUCAUACCAGAGUACAGUUGAGAGACUUCAUGAAAGUCUCUCCAAUGAGUCAUUCAAGACCACCUCCCCUGCCUUUCCUAAGGCUUUCCUGCUGGGGAUGGGUCCUCAGGAGACUGUGCAGAACAUGCAGGAAGGAGAGGUCAUGCAGGGUGAAGACUGUAUUUGACCUGGAGGUCAUGACGCCCCCUCAUGCUUGUUGGGAGAAGGGGUACAUGAAAGAGUCAAGUAUCUAUGUGAA